AUGCCCUCCAUGGGCAAUUCCCAAUCGCAGCCUGGAGAUGGCGAUAACGACCACGCCAAUUUCGUCAACCAGGACCCCGAGUCUAUCGAAGAAAAUGCCCCGAGUGAGAAUGCAGAGGAAGUCGUCGACGUGCAGAAGGUGAAGAGGCGCAAGAAGAAGAAGUCCAAGAAGGAUAAGGAACGCGUCGAUGAUGAUGAAAAGGAUGUGGAUGAGGAUGCCAGUAAUGAAAACCAAGAACAGCUGCUACAGAAGAAGAUAAAAGAGGGGGAAACGUCGAAAAAAAAUGGAAAGGAGAAUGAAGAUGACGAUAUCGAGGACGUUGUGACAGUGGCAACCACCACCACAACGACAACAACAACAGCAGCCCCAACAACCUCCGGCGAAAAGUCGAAACGGAAAAAGAAAAAUCGUCAGACUAGUCAGGAGGAGGAAUCUGCCCAGGCACUGCUGGCUCUCAACAAAGGUCUUCAGGAAGUCAACUCGGUCGCCGACGGAGACACUGUGGUGGUAACGGCGCCGGAGGGUGAAAAUUCGCCUAACAAUGUCGAACAAGUGGAUGGCGCCGAUGACGGAGACGGCCAGGACGAACCGAAAAAGAAAAAACGUCGCGGCAAUCGGAAAACUAGCAAAACAAACAAGACAAAACCUUCCGAAGAAGAAAUUGCCGAUUUGGACGAAAUUGUUGUUGCGGCCCCAGUUGCCCCUCCGCAGAUCGAAGAGCCCUCCCCACCAUCACCUACCAAUCCUCCCACUCUUACAAAUCCUACCACCAAUCCUAACUCCCAGGCCGAAGAUCUCGCACUCCUUCAAUACACAGACCUCCAGCACCAUAGUCUUCAUGAAAUCCCAGACUCUGACCGUAUCAUCUCCCAACAUCUCGCGGCUCACAUGUCAAAGCACAAUCCCAUUCCACAGUCCAACAUCCCAGAUCUAGGGGACGUCCUGAUGGGUGAGGAGCUUACCGGCAAUGAGUUUGACGCUGAUCUUGCAACCUUGGUAUCUCCCCUUCGUAACGCCAAUAAAGCCAAAGCCCCAGCAAGUUACAAACGCAAACGGCUCCCCGAAGACGAUCCUAAUAAGCUAGUCGACCCCGCGCUUCGUGCUCUCGACGCUGCCGCAGGGCAAGACGACGAUGCAGACGAAAUGGGAGGCGACAAGUCGAAGCGAAAACGUCGACUCCCCGCCGAUAGUGUCCUUCCUCCCACUCCCGUAGCUGCAAAACGCCCACCACGUGCCCGCAAGCCGACCACCGCCCCUACUCCCGUUGACGGAACCUCCGGUGGCGCAGGUGCUUCUGGAAACGGAGGUACUUUCACGCUCGACGAACGUCAUGCUAUCGACAAGCACCUUUCAGAGUACAUGGGGAUUCACAAACUCAGUCAUGGUGAUCUCUGCUCACGCGUCUGGUCCAAUGAUCGUAAAAAGGACGACUUCUGGGAAAGCGUCUGCGGCGUUCUCCCCAACCGUAGUAGGGCAAGUAUCUACAAGCACGUUCGCCGCUCCUACCAUGUCUUCCAGCAGCGAGCAAAAUGGACUGCCGAAGAUGACGAAGAGCUUGCUCGCCUUGUCGCCGAGAAAGGAAGCAGCUGGAAGGAUGUUGGUGAUGCCAUGGGCCGCAUGGGCGAGGACUGCCGUGACAGAUGGAGGAACUACGUCAAGUGUGGUAAAGACCGUGGAAGAGACCGAUGGGCCGACGAUGAAGAAUCGGAGCUCCGGAGAGUCCUGAAGAUUGUCUUGUCAACUAUCAGGGCCAAUAAAGGAAAUAACAUCAGGCCCGAGGAGGUCGACUUGGAGGCUGACGAGGUCGAAGGCGAGGAAGAGAUUAACUGGACAAGUGUCAGCGAGCUGAUGGGCAAUAAGAGGAGUCGUAUCCAGUGCAGAUAUAAAUGGAACAAGAUGAAGCAGCAGCGUGCCAGAGUCACCGGAGUUCCGACUGGUGAAAGUCGAGGUGCGCUGUGGAAGAAGCGCAAAGUCAAGCUCAACGUUGAGGACAUGAAAGUCGGAGACAAAGUCUGGAUCUUGGAACAAAUCCGCGAAUCACAGGCUAAAGAGGAAAAAUCCAUCCCAUGGGACAACAUCGGCGAACAAUCUGCCUUGUGGAGUGCCCGUGACCUCGAGAGAGGAUACAAAUCCAUGCGUGCCCAUCUUCCCCAUCGUCGCCUCCCGCUGCACGAGAUCAUCUCUCGCCUCCUGUCUAAUCUCAACGAGCUCCCUCUUGAGAUCCGGACCGAACGCUAUCAACCGCACUCCAUGCAGCCCACCCAGACUCCACCACAGCCACAGAACGGCUAUGACUAUGUUCAUCAGGAGCAUCAUACUACUUACCCUCUACACAACCCUGCUCCGGUCGUCACCAUGAACUCCCUUACUGGGGAUCUUGACACCAAUGAAUACACACACCACCAGCACAACGAAAUGGAUAUGGUUGAUCCUGCGCUUAUUGGUCAGGGUGGUAUCAGCAGCGGCGUGCAGCAGGACCUCGAGAAGACCGCCGGUGAGGCUAUCCUUAUUGCGCAGGCGGCUGCUGCGGCCGCUCAGGCACAGGAGGCGGAGGUGCGCGGCCUCGAGAAUAUGAUUGAGGAAGAAGGCGAGACUGAGCGUGAGCUUAGAAGAAGGUUGGGUGUUUAA